GUACUCGCGCCUGGCAGGCCUGCCGCGACUGCAUCGCAGCCGCUACCCGCACCGACUACCAGCACCGCGCUUCCGGUCAAGAAUAAUGCAAUCCUAACGGAGACGCUGGGCAUCCUGAAGGAGUUCCGCGAGCAAGUCGACGCCGCGGUCUCGAACGAGGCCCCCAAGUAGAAAACCGUGCAUUUAUAUACAUACAAAUAUCACUGGAAUACUAUAGGACUACCGCUGCUCGUGCUUCUGUACCACCUCGGAGCCUGUGAACUCCAGUUGGCGCUUACCUUGACGCCAAGCUUUGACUGGAACCUGGCAUCUUGGUUUGCUUGGGUAUACUAUCAGGCUAUUUCACAGCUUGUUGACAGAGGCGAGAGUGCGUCGCCACGGCCCACAGCUCGCUGGAGCCUUGCUUGCGUGACCAACCACAGCCACUUUGGUGACUCUGUGUGCAUAAAAAUGCCGCCUCGCAUCGCGGGAGCGGGUGCAAAGCGCCGGCGCUCGGGAUCGGAGGUGGAACAAGAGGAGCAGGGCCACGAGCACGAGCACGAGGAGGAGCACGAGGAGGCGGCGGCAGGGCCGUCGGACCGGCAGCGGCGCAGCAGCGGCAAAGCCCGCCGGCGGGAGCAGGCAAAGCCGACGCCCAAGCCCAAGGGCCGGGGCCGUCGGCGCACCGCUGAAUCCGAGCCGGAGGAGGCGGACGACACAGAAGAAGCGGAGGACGAGGCCGGCGAGGGCGAGGAGGGCGAGGGCGAGGAGGGCGAGGGCGAGGAGGGCGCUGACGGCGCCGGCGAUGAGGGCGAGGGCGAGGACGAUGGAUGGGAGGACGCCACGGCGGCUAUCGCUGAGUCCGCGGCGUUAGCGGCCGCCGCUGAGGCCGCGGCCGCGGCCGCUGCCGGCCCCUCGACCGGCGCCGGCGGCUCUGGCUCCGGCCAGGUGCCGGCCAUCAUGCCGGAGCUGCCCGCGGCCGUGACGGCACUGCUGACGUUGGUGCGCCCCGCCGGCAGCGGCGGCGGCGAGGGAGGGCUGUCGGCUGAGCGGGCGGAGCAGGCGCUGGUCGAGACCAAGGAGGCGGUGCAGAAGCAGAAUCCGGGGGCGCGCAGCACCGGCGAGCUGCUGCAGGCCUGGCUGGAGGAGGCUCAGACGUGGCUGGCCAUCCGCAUGGAGCUGGAGGGCGAGAUUCAGGACGUGCGCCAGGCCAUGGCCAACAGCCUGCAGGAGUACGAGUCCACCAAGGCCGCCGACGACCUGCCGCUGGAGCGCCGCGACCCCGACACGCUGCGCGACCGCUUCGCCGGCCUGCCGCCCGCGACCGCAGCCGUAGCGGCAGCACCACCACCAGCAGCAGCAGCAGCAGCAGCUGGAACUGGAGCUGGAGCUGGGGCUGGGGGUGCUGGGACGCCGGGGGGUGCUGGGACGCCGGGGGGUGCUGGGACGCCGGGGGGACGGGCGGCGGCGGCUGCGGCCGGCCGGCGCGGCGGCGAGCGCAGUGCGGUGUUCUGGCGGCUGUCGGCGCUGGCCUGCCACCGGGCGCUGUUCCCGCCGGAGCAGCCGGCGGAGGCGGAGGCGGCGGAGGCGGCGGGGGCGGCUGCGGGCGCGGCGGCGGACCACAAGGCGCCGCUGGUGCGGCUGGCGGACUUUGAAGCCAAGUGCCGCAAGUGGUACACCAACAAGGGCACGGGCCGCUACUGGGACGCGCUGGCGCAGCAGCUGGCCGAGGCGGCCGCCGCCGCGGCGGCUGAAGCACCCGCCGCUGGGGAGGCGGCGGCGGAUGGCCCAACAGCAGUGCUUGAGGAGUGCUGGGUGGGUUGUGCGGCCGGCCCGGACGCCUGCGCCACGUGCGCUGCCGCGCUGGGCCGCCAGGCGCCGACAGGCGCGGCGGCGGCGGCGGCGGCGGCAGGCGCCGACGCGCCAGCGGCGGCGCCGGCGGGGCACCGGCGGCACGGCCAGGAGCCGGGUGGUCAGUCGGCGGCGGCGCGGCGGCUUUUGCCGGCGGCGGCUUCGGCGGCGCUGCUGGCGGCUGUGGGGCGGCUGGCGGCGGCGCGGUACGAGGAGGUGUCGCCUGACGUGUACAAGAUGCCGGAGGUGGCGGGGCAGGUGCCCGAAAUGUUUGGGCGGCUGGACGACCCGCCGCGGGAGGCCGGCGCGGGGGCGGGCGGCGCGGAGGAGGAGGAGGAUGACGUGGAGCUGUUGGAGCCGGCGGGGGCGGGCGCGAGCGGCGCCAACCGGGUGGAGGUGGAGGUGUAGGCAGGUGGCUGCUAGGGUUGCGAUGGAGGUGAUGUCCAGCUGUGCAGGAGUUGUAGUAAGGCAGCUAGGCUGCUGGACAGCUUGGCUGCUGGGGUGCUCAGGUGCUUGGGAGAGAAGGCGACAGGUUGGUGUGGAGACUCGUAGGAGAUUUGAGGGUGCAGUUUGUGUCAUUGGCGGGCAUCUUGUAGAGCAUGCGGUGCAUUGAUUGUGAGCGUUAGAAUGAUUCUGGACAUGCGUGGAUCGGUAACGGAAUUGAGGGGGAAAGGCAUGCGCCAUGUGCGUGCGUGCGGCCUCGCGAGG